AUGUCGAACUCUGGGAUAAACUUUGGUAAAUACAUAGGACGCGGUGACCCUUCCAAGAGGUCGGAAGCAGUUCUGAAAUACAACGAACGCCGAUUCUAUCAGGCUUCAAUCUUCUAUGGCUGUGCCAUAGCCGCAUACAUUGCAUCCAAAAUUGCUUACCGAGGAGUGGUGAAGAGGAGAUACAACCCGACGUUUUUUCAGCACAACAAUCUACCUCCAAGAUCCUCUUCCUACAAUGAUGCUUUGAGUGCACUUACGCAUGCCACCCUUCUGGCGACCACUUCUAUGGCCACUUUGAUUAGUGGCACUUUCUGGUACUUUGACAUUUCCAACCUACAUGAAUUUAGUUACAGAAUGAAAGAUUUCUUGGGUGGUAAAGAGGCCGAAAGGGAGUUAAGGGAAAUGCCCGAGGACAAGGAAACUGCAGAGCUUAGUCGGCAGUUGAGCGAUAUGAUCCAGUCGAAGAAUGACUGA